AUGCGGCUUUUGUGGCAGGGGGGGACGUACGUGCUGCAGCUGAUGGAUGUGUACGGAGGAGGGACGGCCGUGAUCUUCAUCGCCAUCGCCGAGUGCAUCUCCAUCGUCUGGAUCUACGGUCUGAAGAGAUUCUGCGACGACGUCGAAUUCAUGCUGGGGAAGAGACCCGGCUGGUAUUGGAAAAGCACCUGGUUCUUCUUCGCUCCUCUCGUCAUGCUGUUGGUGGUAGAAAAGAGGUCUGUCCUUGCUUCGCAGUUCAUCUUCGUCUACUCGCUGAUCAUGCACCAGCCGCUUCACUACGAGGAAUACGAUUACCCGGACUGGGCUGAUGGGAUCGGGUGGUUUCUCGCCCUCAUCUCUGUGGCACAGAUCCCCAUCUGGGCUGUCAUUGCGGUCAUCAGGUCUCCCGGAGCGACCUUCAAAGAGAAACUGUUGAAAUCCCUACGACCCACGGAAGACUGGGGUCCCUCGGACCUCUCCUGCCGCGAUUCCUGGCUCGAGAUGGUCCAAGCCAACAACUACUCGUCGUUCGGGCUCACCUCCAUCCCCAGCCAGCAAUCCUUCGCCAACUCGCAUCACAAUCUCAUGAGCGUGCAGGCCAUGUGACGGUCGGGCCGUGUGACGAUGGGGCUGUGUGACGCGCGAACGGGUCGCGGGGCGUGAGUCCGCGGAAGAAGUCGGUGAUUCCGGAAGAUUUUGGAGUGUUAGGCACUCGGAUCGCGGCUCUUUUUGUUUCUGCUCUAGACGAGGCGAGUCGAGGCGAAGGGGCAAUGUGUUUCAAUUCUCAUGAGGAUGCUAGUCACGAUCGAAAUGUGAUAGUUGUGCCAUAUAACGAUACACUCCCAGUUGUUAGUGUUGAUGCUCGUGUAUACGUCUUCAUUUGGUGUCGUGUCUCUCUGUCCGAAGAAUAGAAGGGAAAAAAUGUUCCUUUAGGGUAGGAAUUUCGAAAGUCCGGUUCCGUUUUUUUUUUUAUUUUCUCUCCUCUCUGCGGCAAAAUUUCUUUCGAUCAUUUCUGGGUCCUCGCAAUCGUGUCCUCGUGCCACCCCUGCCACUUCCGAUAAUACCCUCUGCUCAAGCCCUUUAAGAUUUACGAAUUUGAUUAAACCUCGUAUGAUUGAACACUUUGAGGGACACAACAAUUUGGCCGGUGCUUUCAUGACUGCUUCCAGGCGAACGGACCGCAGUCCACGAUCGUCUUCCAUUUCCGAAUCGGUUCCUGAAGUAUUUGCAUCUAGAGGUGCAUCUAGUCGUGCAUCUAGUUGUGCAUCUAGUCUUCCUCAUGCCUUCAUAGACUGGAUUAUUUUUGUUCUUUCCCCGAGAAGCUCAUCGAAGGAGAGGGACUUUCUUUUCCGAGACAGCAAUAAAAGCUUGACUUGAAGACA